AUGUCGACUAAACUGCAGGUCUCGAAGGCGGUGACCAAGAAAAACACAGCCACGGGUGGCCCCGUGCAAAGUCCAGGCAAGGUGCAGAAUGGUACGAAGAAGAAGAGCACGGAGGCUGCACCCAAACCCCGGACAUCUAGCGGUGACGGCCCUCCUGGUGGCGAGCUUCGCAAGUCCAGCCGCCCUCGAAAGGCGAAAGUGUGGUUUGAGGAAGGGGCGGAUGCUACCGAAGAAGGUGCUGAUCCUGUUAAGUAUGUCGGGAACAACCUUGAUGGCGAGGAUGUGGACAACCAGAAACACGAGGACGAAGCUGAGGCCAACGGCAAGUCGGGUGACGUGGGCGAAAAAGAGGUGGACGAGGCAGUAGACGAGGCCGGCGACGAGCCGGAAGAGGAAGACUUGGCGGAGGACGAUGCUGAAGAGAAGGCGGAUGAAGAGGAGGGUGACGAGGCGGAGGAAGAGGAGGGUGACGAGGCGGAGGAAGAGGAGGGUGACGAGGCGGAGGAAGAGGAGGGUGACGAGGCGGAGGAAGAGGAGGAUGAUGAGGCGGAGGAAGAGGAGGAUGACGAGGUGGAGGAAGAGGAGGACGAGGAAUCUGAGGAAGGGCAGGGGGAUGAGGACGAGGCUGAGAAGGGAAGCGAGAAAGGCGAUUCGGCGGAAGUGGGGGAAGGUGCGGAUGCGCACAAGCCUCAAAUCACAAGGAAGGCUAGCUUUGACGAGAUGCUGGAAGAGCAGGGUGACGCUGAUGACGAAGACAUGGAGGAUGAGGCUGUGGCUGAGGAACGUGCUAUGCUGCUUGGGAAGCUGAAGGCACUCGAUGAGAUCAAGGAACCCGUUGUCAGCUCGAAGCCUGCUAGAAAGGGUGUGAAACGUCUUCCGCGUUCAGAACCCUCUAAGGUUCCUGCUAAGCCACCGCGUGGGAAAGAUGCAGUCACAUCGGCUAAGGGAAAGGAUAAAGUUCUGGCGACCGAGAGUAUUCUCGGUGGGAAGUCGAAACGGGAGUUCGCCUUGGUGGUUGGCGGUGCGCAGAAAAAGCAGAACACCAGUGAAGUGUCGGCCAAACCGAAGUCAAAUCCUACGGCAGCAGGCGCUGGGACCAGCGGGGGAAAGGCCAAGGCAGGCGCUGGGGCAAGCGGGGUAAAGGCCAAGGCAGGCGCUGGGGCAAGCGGGGUAAAGGCCAAGGCAGGCGCUGGGACCAGCGGGGUAAAGGCCAAGGCAGGCGCUGGGACCAGCGGCGUAAAGGCCAAGGCAGGCGCUGGGGCUAAACCGACCUCUAAGGAGGCCAACACAAAAACCAAAGGUCAGACUUUUGCCGCAUUGUAUAGCACUGCGGGAUGGUACCACUUUUUAUUCGUGGCAUGCUUGCUGAUGUCACGUCGCUUUCCAUCCUUCCCUGCCGUCGCUUUCCUCCCAUCCAUGCCGUCACCGUCAUCCCAUCCCUGCCGUCACCUUCAUCCCAUCCCUGCCGUCCCCUUCAUCCCAUCCCUGCCGUCACCUUCAUCCCAUCCCUGCCAUCACCUUCAUCCCAUCCCUGCCGUCACAUUCAUCCCAUCCCUGCCGUCCCCAUCAUCCCAUCCCUGCCGUCCCCUUCAACCCAUCCCUGCCGUCACCUCCGACCCGUCUCUCAGUCACCUUUCCUCCAUCUCUUCCGUCCCGUAUACAAUCAACAGCUCCCAAUCAGCACCUCCUAACCACAACAUUAAACCCCGCUUGCUUCCCCACCCAGGCCUAGGGAGGCAUAGGGUGGUGAGGCUUUACCUAAACCCCAACUCCCCUCUGCUUGCCUGCCCACUCUCCCCUCAACCCGAAACCCCACCUGCUACCCUAAAUACAGGCCUAGGGAGGCAUAGGGAGGUGAGGCUUUACCUAAACCCCAACUCCCCUCUACCUGCCUGCCCACUCUGCCCUCAACCCAAAACCCCACCUGCUACCCUAAAUCCAGGCAUAGGGAGGUUAAGGGAGGUGUUGCUUUACCUAAACCCCAACUCCUCUCUGCUUGCCUGCCCACUCUCCCCUCAACCCCAAACCCCACUUGCUUCCCCUUCCAAGCAUAGGGAGGUGAGGAUUUACCUAAACCCCAACUCCCCUCUGCUUGCCUGCCCACUCUCCCCUCAACCCCAAACCCCACUUGCUUCCCCUUCCAGGCAUAGGGAGGUGAGGCUUUACCUAAACCCCAACUCCCCUCUGCUUGCCUGCCCACUCUCCCCUCAACCCCAAACCCCGCUUGCUUCCCCAUCCAGGCAUAGGGAGGUGAGGCUUUACCUAAACCCCAACUCCCCUCUACCUGCCUGCCCACUCUGCCCUCAACCCGAAACCCCAUCUGCUACCCUAAAUCCAGGCCUAGGGAGGUUUAGGGGGGUGAUGCUUUACCUAAACCCCAACUCCCCUCUGCUUGCCUGCCCACUCUCCCCUCAACCCCAAACCCCACUUGCUUCCCCUUCCAGGCAUAGGGAGGUGAGGCUUCACCUAAACCCCAACUCCCCUCUGCUUGCCUGCCCACUCUCCCCUCAACCCCAAACCCCACUUGCUUCCCCUUCCAGGCAUAGGGAGGUGAGGCUUUACCUAAACCCCAACUCCCCUCUGCUUGCCUGCCCACUCUCCCCUCAACCCCAAACCCCGCUUGCUUCCCCAUCCAGGCAUAGGGAGGUGAGGCUUUACCUAAACCCCAACUCCCCUCUACCUGCCUGCCCACUCUGCCCUCAACCCGAAACCCCACCUGCUACCCUAAAUCCAGGCCUAGGGAGGCAUAGGGAGGUGAGGCUUUACCUAAACCCCAACUCCCCUCUACCUGCCUGCCCACUCUGCCCUCAACCCGAAACCCCACCUGCUACCCUAAAUCCAGGCAUAGGGAGGCAUAGGGAGGUGAGGCUUUACCUAAACCCCAACUCCCCUUUGCUUGCCUCCCCACUCUCCCCUCAACCCCAAACCCCACUUGCUUCCCCAUCCAGGCAUAGGGAGGUGAGGCUUUACCUUAACCCCAACUCCCCUCUUGCUUGCCUGCCCACUCUCCCCUCAACCCGAAACCCCACCUGCUACCCUAAAUACAGGCCUAGGGAGGUGAGGCUUUAUCUAAACCCCAACUCCCCUCUUGCUUGCCUGCCCACUCUCCCCUCAACCCGAAACCCCACCUGCUACCCUAAAUACAGGCCUAGGGAGGUGAGGCUUUAUCUAAACCCCAACUCCCCUCUGCUUGCCUGCCCACUCUCCCCUCAACCCGAAACCCCACUUGCUUCCCAUCCAGGUUUAGGGAGCCACUUGCAAACCCUUACCGCUUGCCUUCCAUAUCUGCCACCUCCCCUAUCCCCCUCCAAUCUACAGGAAUUGUCUAGGCGUGUAGCAACACAUCUUUUCUUCAACAUUGAAGCUUCAACGAUUCAGUUCUACCCAUCUGCGGAAGAGGCCUUAGAUCAUGGGUUUAGCGAGUUUGUGUCGCCACAGGUUCUGGCCUCGUUGCGUGCGCUCUUUCAGCACAACGAUGCCAGCACCAGAGGGGUCUUUUUCGAGCAGCUGUCCUCAACUAGGACUUCUAUCAACGGCUGGAUGAGAAAGGUGGCACUCACGGCGUUGGGUCGGCAGGCGAACAGGUGCUACUUGGGGAGGUUACCAGCAGAUCUGCUUGCCCCACUCGAGUUCUACACGGAUGAGGAGCUCAUUGCACGUUACAAGGAUGGGGAGAGGGGGCUGGCAUGGCAUCGGGAGCUCCUCAUCCCUUUCGGCAGCCUCAUCUUCUCGGUGUCCAUCAAGUUGGCUUUGGCGCGUCGUGGGGUCAAUUCUGAGAAGAUUAAGACCCGCCAGCUGGGUUGGAUCCUAUAUGCAUUUGAGUGGCCAAUCCUCAACAACGCGCCUGAUGGGAAGUUGAGUGGCAAGUGGGAGUACAAUCGGAUCCAGUACGAGGAGAUGUGCACCCGUGUGAAGCGGGAGGUCGAGAUCGCUGUCAUUGACCAUGGUGUCCCAUACGCCAAUAACACAAACACAUUCAACUUCCCCAACGGCGUCUACAUCGACGCGUCUGACAUGGAGACCCUUGUCAGCAGGGUGCAGGUAACAUUGCUGAAUUCCUCCCAUCUCAUCCGUCCCCUUCCUCCCAUCUCAUCCGUCCCCUUCUUCCCAUCUCAUCCCUCCCCCCUCUUCCCAUCUCAUCCGUCCCCUUCCUCCCAUCUCAUCCGUCCCCUUCCUCCCAUCUCAUCCGUCCCCUUCUUCCCAUCUCAUCCGUCCCCUUCUUCCCUUCUCAUCCGUCCCCUUCCUCCUAUCUCAUCCGUCCCCUUCCUUCCAUCCCCUUCCGUCCCCUAUGCCUCUUUGCACAGGCUGCACGACCUGCACCAGCCCGGGGGCGUAGCAGUGGCAGUAACAACUAGUAGCCGCAGCAUGGGGACAUGCGGAGCAGCAGUGGCAGCAACGGGACAGGUGCGGAGCAGCAGCGGCAGCAUGGGGACAGGUGCUGAGCAGCAGGGGCAGCAGGGGGACAGGUGCGGAGCAGCAGUGGCAGCAUCGGGACAGGUGCGGAGCAGCAGUGGCAGCAUCGGGACAGGUGCGGAGCAGCAGUGGCAGCAUGGGGACAGGUGCGGAGCAGCAGUGGCAGCAUGGGGACAGGUGUGGAGCAGCAGGGGCAGCAUGGGGACAGGUGCGGAGCAGCAGUGGCAGCAUGGGGACAGGUGCGGAGCAGCAGGGAAGGAUGUGGCAGUGCUCUUAUCAUCAGUAGAACCAACCCACCAUCAGUAG